UAUCCUUUAGUAUUUUUUUUUUUCAGAUUUAAUAAAGACCCAAACCCCCCAAGGAACGAAGCUUGCGUUACUGUUACUCCUACAGUUCUCUUUUCAUUCAAAAGCUCUUUAAGCGACACAUUCUGGUGCAGUACGUGGUUGCUUUGGGAGAAAAUCGAUUUGAAGCUCACCGGUGAAGAGCUCAUGGGCUCCAUCUUGGGGGGAAGAACGAACUGUUAAGGAAAGGCCAAGUCAUUGAAGACAGGGCUCAUUAUUAACCUCUCAAUCUGCUUAUUUGAAGUCACAACAAUGAACAUUGUGGUUGGAGUUGCCGUUGAAGCCAUCACCGAAGUGGUUAAGUAUUUGGCUUCUCCGAUCACGCGUCACGUUAGUUAUCUUUAUCAUCACAAGAGAAACGCUAAUGACCUUAGAAUCCAAAUGGUAAGACUUGGAGAAGUGACAGAGGACACAAAACGCUUGGUGAAUGCAGCUGAGAUGAGAGGAGAAGUGAUCAGAGUUGUGGUGAGAGGUUGGCUAGAAAAAGUUAAUGGAAUACUGUCUAAGGAGACAGAAUUGCAGAAUGCACUGAAAGAGAGCAAGGGAUGCCUUCAAGGGGGUUGCUCAGGGCUUUAUCAGGUAGGGAAAAAUGCAAAACACAUGAUUGAUGAAGUCAAGGAGCUCCUAAAUGAAGGCAAAACAUUUGUUGCUGCUGGUGUGUCAGAUCCUUCUCCACUUCCUCCCAGUCUAGAAUCCAUACAAAUGCUAGAUUUUCAAGUUUACGAUUCCACCAAAUUAGCCAUGGAUCAAAUCAUGAAUGCUUUGAAGGAUGAGGAUUUCAACAUGGUUGGUGUAUAUGGGAUAGGAGGGGUCGGAAAGACAACCUUGAUGAAAGAAGUGGCUAAAAUUUCAAAAAAAGACGGUUUUUUUGAUCAAGUUAUGAUGGUCAUUGUAUCUCAAAGCCCGGACUUGAAGAAGAUCCAAGGAGAAAUUGCGGAGAACUUGGGCCUGCAGCUUACACAAGAGUCCCUAUAUGUGAGGGCAAGAAUUUUAUCAGAGAGAAUGAAGAAGGAGAAACGAAUCCUCCUAGUCUUGGAUGAUUUGUGGACACCACUGAAUUUAGUAGAGGAGGUAGGAAUUCCCUAUGGAAACAACUACAAAGUAGUUCUCACAACAAGACAGCUUGAGGUGUGUAAUCAAAUGAAGACCCAAUCCAAUGUCGAAGUAAAAGUAUUAUCAGAAGGAGAUGCAUGGGUUCUAUUCAAAUGGGCUGUUGGAGAUCGUAUAGAGAUCGACGAUACACUACGUCCCGUGGCGAAUCUAGUUGUUAGUGAAUGUGCAGGUUUGCCCUUAGCAAUUGUAGUAAUUGGAAGUACAUUGCGAGAUAAGGACCGGCAUACAUGGGAAGAUGCAGCUAGUGAACUCAAGAAAUCAAGCUCAUCGCCACCGGAUAUAGAAGGUGUGCAUAAAAAAAUAUUCUGCCCCCUAAAAUGGAGUUACGACUUUAUUGAUAAUGAUGCCACCAGAUUUUGCCUGUUGCUAUGUUGUAUGUUUCCUGAAGACUACAGUAUUUCUGUUGAGAAGGAUUUGCUUCCUUAUGUGGUGGGGGAGGGGUUGUUUGAAAAUGUAUACACCCUUACUGAAGCAAUGAAUAGGCUGGGCACACAGAUGGAAAGACUUAAGCGAUCAUGCUUAUUAUUAGAGGAUGAUAGAGAAGGAUAUGUAAGGAUGCAUGAUGUUAUUCGGGAUGUGUGUAUAUGGAUUGCAUCCAAUGAAGUCCAUGGUUUUGUUGUAAAAUCUGGUAGACCAUUGAGCAAUUGGCAUAAUUGUGGGGAGAUCCUAAGGAAAUGCAAGCGACUUUCGUUAAUGCGAAGUCAAAUUACAAAGCUCCCCAAUUGGAUCGAUUGCUCUCAGCUCAUGACCUUAUCCUUACGUGGAAAUCGGGAUUUGACAGAAAUACCUGACGCUGAUGGAUUUUUUCAGGGGAUGAUAUCAUUGAAGACUCUAGAUUUGACUUACACAUCUAUCUCUUCAAUACCAUCUUCUUUGUGUUGCUUAACGGAACUUCGAGUGUUGCUUAUCAGUGGAAGUGAGACUUUUGAUGUCUCAUUGCUUGGGAAGUUGAAGAAACUUGAAAUACUACGCCUCUUCAAUUGCAAUAUAUUAAAAUUAUUGGCAGAAGAUGUAGAAGAGCUUACAAAUCUGAAGUCAUUGGAUUUGUCAUGGAAUGGGAAGUUGAUUAUUGCCCCGAAUACUCUAUCGAGGCUGUCUCUUUUGGAAGAACUCAAUCUUACGAAAAGCUUUGAUGAGUGGGGGGAGAUUUUCGACGAAGGAUCAAAUAAUAUUGGCUUAUCUGAGGUUGCAUCUUUGUCUGCAUUGACUACACUAUACAUAAGGAUAUGGAAUUUCAAAUAUUUGUCUGCAAAUAAUAAUAAUAAUAAUAAUACUAUCCCAAUAUUUCGUUGGGAAAACAUGACACGCUUCAUUGUGAUUUUGGGAAACCUCAAUUGGCUUCAUGUGUACAUUAAUGGCAAGAAAUUUGCUACUGAGGUGUAUAUUUGUGGAAUAUCCAUCCCUCAACAUCCACAUUCUGAUUGGGUGAGGUGGUUGAUAUAUUUGUUGGAACGAACAGAAACGCUACUGCUCAGAGAGUGUCAUGGUCUUAGUAAGUAUGGUCUAAGCAGCCUAAUUGGUGCAGGAGGAGCAGGUGGAAUAAGGGUUUUGAAUAAGUUGCAAAUUCUGCGUGUUGAGAGAUGUGAUGAUGUGGAAUAUCUUAUGAGUACUACUACUAAUACAACCACUGUUGUUGAUGAGGCAGAAGAAGAAGACCAUCAUCAUCAUUAUCAUUAUCAAAUUCAAGAUGAGGUUCCACAGCAAAUCACAACAUUCAGCAGUUUGAAAAAGCUAUACUUGCAGUCCCUACCGAAAUUGAAGGCAAUCUGCCAAUAUGGGUCUAUUCCAGUUCCAAGUACUGGUGGAGGAGGAGGAGGAGGAGGGGGAGGAUUCUUCAACAACCUAAGAUCUCUAUAUGUGUCUGGUUGUUCGAGUCUAAUUAGUAUCAUACCCUCUGAUCUGCUGGCAAACCUACCAAAUUUAGAACAACUCGAGGUAAGGGAUUGUUCUAAAACGACUGAGGUAUUCAACUCCAAAGACCAAGAAGGGCAUCAUGAUUUGCUGGCCACAACGUUAAUAUUUCCGAAACUAAGACAAUUGGAUCUAUGGAACCUCCUUUCUCUAAAGACCAUAUGGGAUGGCGUUGUUUCACCUUCAAGCUUCCUAAACCUAGAGGACAUAUUCUUGAACAACUUGGGAGUGAACUUUGUGUUCUCACUAGCCAUGGCGCAGAGGCUUCAACAACUAAAGGAGCUUCAGAUUUCGGAUUGUCCAAAUAUGGUGCAAAUAAUCUCAUUAUUAAUGGAGGGAGAAGAUGACAUGGAAAAGGAGGAGGCCAUCAUCACUUGCAAGAAUACGGUACUGUUUCCUCAACUUAGGGUUCUAAGGUUAGUCAACCUGCCAAAUCUCUCAGUGGUGAGUAAAAGGGUAUUACGCAGCAGCAGCAGCAGCAGUAGCAGCAGCAGCAGCAGCAGCCAUGAUUAUAAUUACUAUUGGCCUUCAUUGGAAACAUUGAAGAUUGUUGACUGCCCCAAUCUGAAAAGGCUUCCCGUGAGUCCACAUACAACCGCAACAACACUGAGGGAAAUUGAGGUAAAAGAAGAAUGGUUCAAUGCAUUGGAGUACUGGGACGAUGAUGAUGAUGACCAAAAUCCUCAUGACAAGUUGCAGCACCUACAAGAAAGGGGAGUCCAGGUUAGAUUUGUUCAAUGGUGAUGAUAAUGACGAUGAUGAAUAAUUUGACGACACAGAUGAUGACUAACUUUCUGGGACAUGGGUGAUGGAUUCAUAUUUUGGAGGAUGUGCAUCCUGUUUGUGCCCAUUUCUUUCUUUUUCACUCUAUUCUUUCGCUUUGACCUGCAAGUAUCAGAUGCCUGAUUGCCCAAGAAGAAAGGAGACCGAUCAAUGACCCGUUGUCCAACUGUUUACUGGUCGGCCACGGUACUUCAGUUUGGCAACAUUUGGAGUGCUACAAAUUGGAGUUCUUGAGAUAUUGAUUGAUAAACAGUUCAAAAGUUGGAGUUUUGAUGGAUGUUUUUUGAGUGAUCAUUACUAUGUUGUUUGAUGUCAUCUGUUUCUUAUGAUGUAGUUGUUCAAAACUGUAAUUUAAUUGAUUUGGAAUUUUAGAUGAUA